AUGCCGACUCGGUCGCCUCCAUGUGAUGACGUUCGUAGAUCGCACAACAGGCUCGAGUGUUUACCUAUCUACAGCCUCCCGCCACCUCACGUCGCGGUUGCCGCGCGACGGACGAAGAGACCAGCUGGUGCAGUGGGGCAUUCCGUGUCCUGGGCUAACGACAUCAACUGGCGGACUACGACCAGCGGGUCUCCGACGAGUGACAGCGCCACCGAAACCGGCAGCACCAACGCCUUCCCCAGCGUGGCAGCCACUUGGAGGAAGGGGUCGCGCGCCGCCUGCCUCGCCAUGUGCCUCGCUUCAGCCGCCCUCAUCUCCUUCUGGGCAUUCUACACCAUUUCUGACGUGAUCAUAGCUGGCCACGACUUCUCGGGAGAUAGCGGCGACCCAAUUACGGUUCAGCUGAGAGACGACAGCCCGAAGCGCAUGCCCAGCGACGAGAGCGCAGGAACUUCUGACGAUUGGUCCUUAGAUUCUGGCUUCGAGGCCUGUGCACAUAAGGAGCCAUCUGAGGGAGCAAUGGAGCACCAGCAGACAGCGAACGCUUUGAGGACACAGACACUUCCACUCUCACUGCUCUGUCCUCAAUUUAAUUUCAAGCCUAAGUUUCUGCCCCAUAGGGUCUCGACAAAAGACAAGUCAACACAGUGGGAGGAAAUUGGCCACAAUGACCACACCUAUUCCCAAUCUGGGCCACAAUACACUUUCGGAAAGCAGAAAGGCUUGUCAUCAAGCUUGACAAAAGAGGACCGUCAAUUCUAUACAGGAAUCUCGAAACCCGUCUUUGACAGCUUAGUCAAAGCUGUAAAAAUUGAAAACAGCAAGACCUUCCUAACACUCUCAGAUGAGGACCAACUGCUACUGACGUUAAUGAGAAUGCGUCUUGGCCUGCUUUAUGGACACUUGUCAAGAAUAUUUGGCAUUUCCGUAUUCUUUCCUUUUUUAUGUAUUCUUUGUAAUCUCUGUUCACGUGCACAACCUGUCUGUGUUGCACAAAGUUAUGAGGACAUAGUUGUGGUGUGGCUGCCACGAUCACUAAUCAGAAACAGCAUGCCAGAAUCUUUUGCUCAGAAUGCUUAUGAGAAAACAACCUGCAUACUAGACUGCUCCGAUGUCUUCCUUCAGCGGCCUAAGAAGCUUCUUGCUAGAGCUCAAACCUACAGCAGCUAUAAAGCGCACAAUACAGUCAAGUUCCUUACUGCCGUUGCACCGAAUGGCUAUGUGAUGUUUGUGUCUCGUGCAUAUGGUGGAAGAGCUUCGGACGAAUAUAUAAUGGGUCACUGUGGCGUGGAAGACUUCCUAGGCUCAGGUGAUGAAGUGAUGGCCGACCGAGGUUUUGUGCUGAGCCAAUAUCUUGACGUUCAAGGCGUCAAACUCAAUGUGCCUUCUUUCACAAGAGGUAAGUCCCAGCUCAGUGAAAGUGAAGUAACUCAAACGAGGAGAAUUGCGUCUGUGCGCAUACACGUUGAAAGGGCCAUAAACAGAAUGAAGACAUUUCGAAUAUUCAAGCAAGCCCUGCCAAUACGAUUAUAG